UGACAACAUGUGGAGUCUGGACACCCAUUGCGCCAUCAAGUGCACUCUUAUCUACCUUCAAGGCGCUGAUAUCUUAUGUUUAUAGCUCCCGCCCCAUGGCGAAAAGGAUCAGAAGCUUCAGAAGCAACCCAAAGACAAUGCUAACCUCAGUCCUGGAGAACUAGUCUGGCUGGGUCUUGGCGCUGCUUUGUACUUGCUUGCAAAUGUGGCUGAUUUCUCGGCUGCAAGCCUGCAACCAAGAUGGAGAUCGAGGAGUCUGGCGUCACCGUCGCUGCUUUGUUUUUCGGAAAUGUCUUUGGUUCUGUUUGCGGAGCGUGCGCUAUCGGUUUUCCUGCUCUCAGUGCUCUUGGAAACAUUAUCACUUCGACUUUUUCGGCGUCACGAGUAAACCAAGAGCUCGCAAAGGAAGGGAUACCUUUACCAUUCGAAAACAAAUUCUGGGCUUCAAAUUGGCCCACUGGGAAGUCCCCACUUCCGGGAUUGAUCAUUCACUUGAUACUCUCUGUUAUUGUCAUCAUCGCGCCUCCCCCAAACAUUGCUUACCCCUUCAUUUUGGACGUUGAAGGAUAUCCGCAACAGAUUAUAAUUUUCUUUAUUGUCAUUGGUCUGUUCUAUCUGAGAUGGAAGAAGCCAGUUGCUGUUCGGCCGUUCAAAGUAUGGUGGCCUCUCGCUGUAUUCUUCUUGGCUGCUGCUGCCUUCCUCCUCAUCGCCCCCUUCCUGAAACCAGCCAAUGGCGUCGGCGACAUCGCUCCAUUACCAUAUUACAUGUACUGCCUCGUCGGAAUCGCCGUCAUGUUCGCAGGUGUGCUGUACUGGGCUGCAUGGCGAAUCGUACUGCACAAGGUAUUUGGCUGUGAGCUUGUACCGAGGAAGGAGGGGUUGGACGACAGGACUGUUGUCACUGUAUUUUCGAAUAAGAAGAUGCAAUGAUUCGGGGGUUGAUUGGAAGUGCUAAUAAGUUGGUCUUUGAAUCAAUGUUGUAGUGGUAUUCGUGGAAUGCAUAAAUGAGAGUUUAUGUAUGCAGUACGUAAGUAUAGUCUAGAAUAGAUCCUCUAUCAGUACUCAGUUCCUGUACCGUGACUCU